CUACAGCCAGGGUAGCUGGAGGGAAUCGACUAAUCUCAUAAGAGGCUAAAGCUGCUUGAGAACCAGGGGGAAGGGAUGUAGACUAGCUAGGGGACUAAUUUAUUGUAGUAAGCUUGCAUGACAUUUUAUUGCAGUGAAAAAGUUAACAUGCGCUCCAUUUAAAAUGUGCCAGGCCUUUUUGGAAUGACUUUCAAAGCAGAUCUGAAAGGUCAUAGCAACACCAAUGGAGGCUGAAGAUUGCGGACAUUUGUUGGAGUUGAUAUUUCAGAUCUGGAUUCCAGGUUAGGAUGCAUCUGGAGAGUAGAAGAUAAGCGACAACAAUGCUACUUUUGGAGGUGUGCUGCUGCCUGAUUGGCUGGAUUUCACUCUACUUUGCAUUCUGUUACCUGAAUGGCCGGCGGGGUAAGGAGUGGAACUGCAGGCUGGUGACACUGACACAUGGGAUCCUCAUAGUAUGUCUUACUGCAUACAUUAGCUUCAUCGAUGGGCCCUGGCCUUUAACACAUGCAGGUACAGAGAACACCCCGCUCCAGAUCCUGGCCCUGGUGGUUAGUCUGGCCUAUUUUCUAUUCGACUUCGGCUGGUGCAUCUGCGUCCGCACCGAGGGCCUCGUCAUGCUGGCCCACCACACCAUGAGCAUCGCAGGCAUCCUGUUGGCGCUGGGCCUGGGCAAGUCGGCAGUGGAGACAUGCGCCGUGAUUUUCGGCAGCGAGAUCACCAACCCCUUGCUGCAGGCCCGCUGGUUCCUCCGGCAGGUGGGCCGCUACGACAGCCUGUGGGGGGACGCGGUGGACCUGCUCUUCAUCCUGCUCUUUGCCCUGGUGCGUGUAGGCGUGGGUGGCAUGAUGCUCUACUGUGAGCUCACUUCCCCCCGGCCCAGCCUCAUCAUGAAGGGAGGGGGCCUGGCCAUGUACACACUGGCCUGGGUCUUCAUGGUGGACAUUGCCAAGUUUGCCUGCAAGAAAACCAGGACAAAGUAUAAGAGGUGGCAUGAGAUGUGCAAGUUGGGAGAGGUGAAUGGACACACAGGGAAGACUGAGUGAAGACUGAGGUGACUGAGGUGGAGGUAUUUAAUCUGAGACACAUCGGGCGACCGUCAGCUGCAGUCCUGGCAUUGUGUUCCAGGGAUCACCUGCUGGGUGGUUGUGAGCGGUGGGCAUCUUACCAGGUUCAAUAUGUAAAAUCUGGGAUGGACGUCUGAGAUAGUUUCACACCCUUGAGCCAAUCAGAGCCUUAGGGCUCUUUCCCCCCGCGAAAACAGAAGUGAAAUGCAAAUAAGCUGAUGUAGCCUGGGCAGUAUGUUCCAAUGCAUAUUUAACUACCAAAUGUUUUUCAAAUAUUUUGCCAGUCAGUAGCAGUCUCCCUGGUGUGUAUCAGCUUUUACCCUUGGUGGCUGAACUCCAGCAGAAGUUGGAUGCUGCUCUGGGAUAUGAAAAAUGUAUGCACUCACUAACUGUAAGUCGCUCUGGAUAAGAGCGUCUGCUAAAUGACUAAAAUGUAAAUGUAAAAUGAUAUUGCGUCCGUCCACUUACUGAUGCUGAUCUGAUGAGUUUGAUGUCUGAUGAACAAUUGAUCAACAUUUGUACAAAUGCAGCUCUACCUCAUUUUGAUUUUAAUUGUGGAUCUCCCUCACAGGGAGUGUUUGCCAUCAGUGUUUGAUGUCGGUGGCACUGAAAAGGUUUGAAUACAAACUCUAGCACAUGUAUUUUUAUUGCAAUCUCAUAGGAAUGCUAAAAGAAGGGAAAAUCUAGUAUACCUCAAUGCAGUUAGUUAAUACCUUGUCAAUGUUUUUUAGUUUUGCACAUUAAAUAUUGCACAUUUCAAACAAUUUCUAAUUUAAACUGACAAACAAAUCAUGCUAUUAUCAGACUUGGUAUACAAAAUGGUUUUAGGGACCAUCUUGUUGUGCUUGAACUAGAUGUUUGUGUGUGCAGCUUAAAGAUAAAAAGUUGAUCCUUGCAUCACAGUUUACAUGGAAUGUUACUGAUUGUUCAGUAACCUUUCAAAACUAAGCUAAUGUCUAAGAUUCAAGCUAAUGCCUAAGAAUAAACAAUGAAUGAAUAUGUUAACAUGUAGCUAUCUGAGAUAACAGAGGGAUGACUUUAAUAUGAAUAUUAUUAUUAGUUAACACUAUAAUUAUGGUACAUCUUUGGUAAAUUAAUAACAUUUUUUAUGUUAGUAUACCCUGCUCAAAAAGUUAUUUGUAGCAGUUGCUUUUGACUACUUUCUAUCAUGCACUAACUUAAAUACACAGAAAAAACUAAGGCAAUUAGAAUUCUCUGUCCUAUAGUACUUCCUUCAUGUGCUGUAUGGUCCAUUUACUGCGAUUGCUACUAUUUUUUAAUUGGUGCUGCAAUACAUUAUAUGUCCUCUGGAUGACAGUAUACUCUAAUGUUAUGUUUCCAAAAGCGUCAUGAAAAAGUCUGACCCCAAGAUUGAAAUUGCACUGAGGGUAAUUCGUCUACACUACAUUAGGCCCCUACCUAUCAGUGUCAGAUGAUGCAAGUGAAGUGGUCAAGUGUUCAUUCCCUGAAUACUGUUAUUGUUUUUCUGCAGCAAACAUUUCCUAUAUCAAACACAAUGAUUUACGGAAUCUCUUUUUGUACAGAUGAUUCUAUUGAUCAUGAUAUUUGGAGGUAUCAAUGGAGGUAUUAGGCCUAUAUUGGCGUCAAAACCUACUAUAACCAAUUGCAUUUAGAGCCACUUUGAUGCACCACUUUGUGGUUGUUUUAUGACUAAAUAAUUAAGACUGCAACAUCCAAUAACUAAUCCUGAUUGAUUAUAUUUUGUGAUGAGAUAAUUGAUUUUAAUAUAGUAUGUUAUGCAGCUGGGUAAAGUGAAUUAAGCAGGUAGGCAGGCCUAGGCUAUACCAUGACUAAUUACCCAGUGCUUAGAUUGUCCAUGCUAUGGGCUAAAGAUGUGGAUGUGAUAUAUUACCAGACAUAACAUCCUCUGCUCAUGGAUAAAGGAGACAAAGGAGGGAAUACCAUGAGGUUUUUUUCAGUGUAUAGAAUGCACCACAAAACAGACUGUCAUGAAGAAUGUAUGAUACUAUAAAUGGUUAA